CGUGUUUUCCCAAUGUGCGUUCAUUGUGCCUUCGCGUAUCUCCUUUGAUUCAACGAUUUAAUUAUGUUGCGCUUCUAAUCUUCUGGUUUGUUGUAUACCUAUGUGUGGGAACAUGGAAGACAAUAACAUCGUAUAUGCCCAUGUUUUUACAUGUUGAUUUCUACAGACCUUCACAUCGUUCACUUGUAACCAGUACUCAUCCCGGCACUGCGUACUGAUAUGGGAAGCUCCAAUCCAGUCACUGUAUACGACAAAAAAGAGCUAAAGAUUAAGCUGGUAACACCCGGAGAUUUCCUAUAUCAGCGUCCUCAAAAAGAGGGCCGAAGACAAUUUCGCGGCAACAGCAAAAAACCUACGGUUGAUGUUGAGAGAACAGUGGAUGGGGAGCUGAAUACUCAGGGACAGGCAUUCAACCAACCUUGUCACAAAUGCGAAGAGGCUGGUGUCCGAGGUGAAGCCCAAGCCUUAGACUCACCUCUGCAUGACCUAGAGGCAGGGGGGCGCAGAGAGAUUCUAUGUCCUCGGUGCAAACACUGUGUUGCAUCAGAAACAUUCCCUUGCAAUGCUUCGAUGCAUUGCUGGAAUGAAGCAGGACCUGCUCAUGGAAAGGAUGGCACACGACAGCAUGGCAAUGAAGAAAUUGACAUGAACACCCUGGAGGUUUUACAUGUCGGUGAUGUGGCUAGCAGUCUGGGAAAGCGCAAGCGCACAGACCCUGCCAGUGAUCCAGAACAGGAGGAUGAAGACAUUCAACCCAUCACCACAGCACUGCAAAGUCUCCAGUAUAGCAUUCUAGACUUUGUCCAACAACUGCAGUCUCCUAUCACUUCCCUGGAGCAGCCUGAGACAGUUGAGUCCCGUAACACUCUCCUGAAGCAGGAGAAUUUCCUGCUGAAACAGGAAAAUGCAUGUCUCGUGCAAGCUGUUGUUGACCUGCGGGCAGGCAGGUCCGCAUUGCAGGCUUAUAGGGAGCCAGCAGCGCAGGAAGCCAACUUGGAGAAUAGCAGUAGGAAGGAGGAGGUUGCGAAGAACAAAGACAAUGAUACACACCACAAGAAGAAAAGGCGACGCGUAGAUGCUGUUUCAAACACGCUACAUGGAAAAGGACUAGGGCAUCUCAAACAAAAUGAUAAGUGACAAGAGUUCAAGAAAAAGAAGGGUAGAUUGGUAAACAAGCUAACUUCAUUCAACAACAGUACUGAUCAUACAACAGAUAGAAACAAUAUCAGUCUCAUACUUUAUUGAGAAGGGUCGGCGCUGUUAUUUAGUUCAGAAAAUAAUUAACAUGAAGUCAACACCAUUCUGUAUUCCCUAGAU